AUGGGCCUUCGCCCACUCUUUGGCACGCGCGCUAGCGUCACCAAUGUUCGCGACAGCUUUGGUGCCACUGCAGAGCGGGCAAAGACCGCAGAGGAUGAGCAAGCCAAUCCGCUAGACAACCUUGACCAUGACGCCGACGAUGCCCCAACCUCAUCUGAAGAGCCCGUCUCUUCACAACCACAACAGUCGCAGUCCCAUCAGCAACAAGGAGGUCAGGGUCUGGCCAAGUUUCUCAAUGGCGCCGCUCUCAUGUCCAACAAGGAUGCUCAGUCCAAGGCGCAGGAUCGUCACCACCAAGAUAAGGUCGUUGCACCCGAUUCGCCAGAUCCAUCGCAACAAGCUCAUGGUCCCGACGCUGCGGAUGACACGGCAGCAUGGAAGCGAACCGGCAACGAGGCAGAGACCUCGGAUCAGCAUGAAUCCAACCGCGCUCGAACCAAAUUUGGCCGAACGCUCAAGAAGGUAGACGCCAAGAUCCGUUCCACCAUCGGCGUCAAUGCUCCUCCUACCGCCGAGCAGAUGCGCAGUCCUUAUUCCAUCGGUAACAACGACCACUUGCACAGCCAGGAUAACCUUGGCGCCGCAGAGCUUCUCAACGAUGCCAGACUAGAAACGCUGCAACACUUGUCUGAUGACGAGGAAGAGGAAGACGACAAUGCUGAGGAAGGUGACAUCGAGAGCACUGGCCACGAUUCUGACGACGACGAUGACGCCAGAACCAUCUCCAAUGACGACAAACCUGAUCGAGCUAGCAUGGACAAGCAUUUGAAAAAGCUCGAGCGUGCUGACGAAGACGCGGAAAGGCGCCGUCGAUCCGGAUCCAUGGAUGGUGCUCGCCCAGGCGACAGCGUCCGCACCCACGCACCCGUCGAGAUCUCCUCUGAAGACAAGAUGAAGGCUAUCAUCGACGAGUUCGGCGAGUGUGCUUCUCUUUCUAACCCUAACGAACCCGAGAGGCUCAUUGUGGACCACAGCGGUGUUCUCAUCAAGACCGUUUUCAUCAAGGGCAGCCUCUUCCUCACCAACCGUCGCGUCUGCUUCUUGGCUUACAUCCCGAACGCCGCGAACAGCAACGGGACCGAGCAUCAUCAGGCUGGCUUAAGGAGCGGCAAGGAUUCGAGCGAGAUCAGGGCGCCAUCCGAUCCCAAUGUAGAAAAUCCCAUCCUCAAAUCGGGUCCCGCCAUCAUCCACAGACCAGGAAAGAUGCGACCCAAGCGCAGGGUCUGGAUCGAACUACGCAAAGACGCCUUCAACGCCUACUCGGCCAGCAAUCAGCUGUAUAAGCCCUUGCUCUCGGCUCGUCUCUCGAACCUCUACGCCAUUCUGCCCGUCGACUGGGCGCAACCCAACGUCAUCCGCUUUGUCGAAGGUCUCAAGUACAGCUCCGUCGAGUUCAAGACCCAGGAAGCCGCACUCGACUGGCGCAAGGAGCUGGAAGCCGCCGCAUUCCACGCUCGCAACACUGCAGAGAAGGUUCGCAUCAGCAUUCCUCUUGAACGCGUCGUCGGCAUGGAUACAGCCAACUUCCUGAGCGUCGCGAAAAUUGUGCAUUUCGAUGUGCUCGUCGGCGCAGUCAACGAUGCUGAAGCGCAGAAGAUUCUCAAAGAGCAACGCGAGCGUGCUGACCGACAGCAGUUGGAUCACAGCUGGUCGAGCGGCCAUGUCUUCAUCAACUGUCCCAAGCAUCCGGAGAUCAAGUGCCACGUCACCCAGGUCGCCCUUGGAUUCACACAUAAUCGCGCUGCCUUUGUCGAUCUGCUUCAAGAGGCACUCAAAGGCCCCAAAGCAGCGCAGAAGCAGACUGGAUUCGAAGAAAUGCUGCGCGCCUUGCCCGCUCCUCUUCUCGACUUGGAAGGCGAGAAGGACGUCGAAGACACAUCGACCGAUAGCAACUACUCCUCUGAUGAUCAGAAGCAAUCGCUCGCCGACAGGUUUUGCCACGCGUUCGGUCUUCCGCAUCAGCCCGAAGAACUCCGCCUUGUCAAAGCUCAGCUCGUGCGCACUCUUCACACCCACGGCACCAUGGCUAUCGGACUUGACCAUCUGCUCUUCUGGCGCAGAGCGGUGGGCCGAGACCUCAAGAUCCGAGUGCCGCUCAAUGAUGUCCAAGGUGUCGAUACUUAUCGAUCUAUGCUGUGGCAUCACUACGGCCUCGUAGUCCACAUUCGAGCUCAUGCGGAUAUGCAUUUUGACUUUAUGUCGCAGGAGAAUCGCGACAUGGUGCUCUCAACAUUGAAACGCAUCAUCCAGGCCAUCGAUCAGCGGAAGCAGAAAGCGGAGAGAGGCAGUCUGGACGCAGCGAGCGAUGACAGCAGCAUCACCAAAGUGGAAGCAGCCUCCCACCCUGCAGACGCAAAGAAGAGCGCCAACGAGUCCAUCUUGCUCGACACGGCCCGCGACGUGCCCGUCUUUGAACCGGAUGUGCUCGCCCAUCUGCCCAAGGUGGUCAACAUGGACCGCAACGUGAUACGCGACGUGCUUCGCAUUCCACCCAUGCGCAUCUACUGUCUCACCAUCGGCUCGCGUGGCGAUGUCCAGCCCUACAUCGCGCUGUGCAAGGCGCUCAAGGAGCACGGACACACGCCUGUGAUCGUCUCGCAUCCCGAAUAUCGCGGGUGGGUCGAGGGGCACGGCAUCGAGUACCGUGGCGUAGGCGGCGAUCCAGCUGCACUGAUGAAGCUCAGUGUCGAGCAUCGCAUCUUUUCGCCCGCCUUCUUCAAGGAGAGCAUCGGCAAGUUCCGCGUCUGGCUCGAUGAGCUGCUCCGCGAAUGCUGGGAGGAGUGCCAAGGUGCCGAUCUACUCAUCGAGAGUCCUUCCACCAUGGCGGGCAUUCACGUUGCCGAAGGUCUCGGCAUCCCGUACUUCCGCGCCUUCACCAUGCCGUGGACCAAGACCUCGGCGUAUCCGCAGGCUUUCAGCGUGCCAGCGAUGGACAUGGGCUCGUCAUACAACUCGUCGUCCUAUACGCUUUUCGAUCAGAUCAUGUGGGUCGCCACCAGCGGUCAGAUCAACCGCUGGCGCAAGCACAUGGUGGGCAUCGGCGCCACCGACAUGUCCAAAAUGGACGCUGACUCGGUGCCCUUCAUCUACAAUUUCUCACCUGCUGUCGUUCCCAUGCCCAAUGACUGGGGGGACCGCGUCAAGAUCUCGGGCUACUGGUUCCUCGACAAUCCGGACUCGAACUGGUCGCCGCCUCAGGAGAUGUCUGACUUCCUGGAGCGGGCCAAGAAGGACGGCAAGAAGAUCGCCUACAUCGGCUUUGGGUCGAUCACCAUCGAGAAUGCCGAGGAGGUCUCGGCAAACAUCAUGAAGGCGGUUCGCGAAGCGGAUGUGCGCGCCAUCGUUGCAAAGGGCUGGAGUGGUCGAGGCGGCUCCAAGCCCAAGAAGAAGAAGCAGCCCAAACGCAGCAACAGCUGCCGACCAGCGAUGCAGCACAAGACGUCCGCCGUCUCGUCGCACACCGAGAGCGAGGAUACCGGCACCGAGGAAGAGCACGAGCCCGAGAUCGAGAUUCCCGACGACGUGUUUGUCGUUGACUCGGUGCCGCACGACUGGCUGUUCCCGCAGAUCGACAUUGCCAUGCACCACGGCGGCGCAGGUACCACGGGUGCCUCGCUCCGAGCUGGGCUGGUGACGCUCAUCAAACCGUUCUUCGGAGAUCAGUUCUUCUGGGCGAAUCGAGUGCAGAAGCUGGGCGCAGGUGCAAAGGUCAACGGUCUCAGCGUGCACGAUUUGUCCGAUGCGCUCAAGAGCGCCGCGUCGGACCGGGUCAUGGUGGAAAAGGCGCAGGGGGUGGGUGAAAAGAUCCGAUCCGAGGACGGCGUUGCUACAGCGAUCGAGUUCCUUUACAAGAAUAUCCCGCUUGCCAACCGGCGGACGCAGCGCAAGAUCGAGCGCGAAGCCUCGCAAUCGCACGACGCUGGGACGCCGUCGGCGGGGAUCGGUAAUGCGCUGUCGUUCUUUUCUCAUAGUCGAACGCACAGCGGGAGCUCAUCGAAGGACACGCCCCAGCGUCGAUCUGCCACGAUGCCGCCAACCAAGCCGUCCUCCCCCUCUCCGCUGUCGCCGAUGGGCGAAAAGCGAUCCAUGACGAUCUUCGAAUCGCCCGAGACCGAGGAGCCCAAAUCACCCAGUCUGGCAUCGAAACUCCUCCCCACGCUCCCUUCCAUCAACCCGCUGCCAAGCAACAUGGCUGCCACCCUCAAGGAGAUGGUCACCUUCCAGAAUUCCACCGCGGACACCACAGCGGAUGGCGAGGAUGCCUCCACGCCGGGAAGGUUCAAGAGCUUCCCACCCCGCGUGGAAGGGGAGGAGGAGAGCGACGAGCAGAAGAUGGCCCGCUUGAAGGGGUAUAAGAAUGCCAAAGCGGAAGAUAUUCGAAGGAGGAAGCUGCUCGAGGAACGGCUGGCGAGAGAGAAAAUCGAGCGGGAGGCGAAGCAGGGUGAGGGAGAGAAGGCUAAGCAGUAA